AUAAAUAUGUAUCCUAAAUGAUCAUCAUCUUCAUAGUUCAUACCAUAGAACAGAAAUUAAAGAAAAAAAUACUGAAAAUAUGAAUUCAGUGAGGCCAUUAGUUUCCGUCAUUAUACUACUCAUCGCUGUGUUUAGCAUAAGUGAGAUUAAGACAGCUAGUGCAGGUCCUAAUGCUGCCCAGUGCCAACAAGAGAGAACCCUCGGCCUUAAUGCUUGCAAGCCAGUCGCGUACUUCAGGCCGCCGUCGGCAGAGUGUUGCCACCGAAUCAGAGUUUCACACGUGGAAUGUGUUUGCCCUUCAAUAACCCCUAAAAUUGCUGUACUUAUCGACGUUAACCGCGCCGUUCGAGUCAUUGAAGGUUGUGGUCGGAGAGUUCCUCGCCAUUUCAAGUAUCACAAGUCCAUGAAAACUGGACUUGCUUGCGACUAUCAAAUGGUGUUUCAAAUUUAAUAAGAGUGCUUGCAGAUGAUUAUAAUAUAAUAAGUUUAGUUUACGGAUGACGUGUUAAACUAAGUCUAUCUAAUAGUUUUUCAUGACUUUUGGAUUAAAUUUGUGUUAUGAAUAAGUGUUUGAUUGUAAUUUGUACCUAAA